UCCGUUGAAUUCGUCAGUGUUCAGCUCAGCCGCCUGGCGGCGACAAGGAGCCAGUUUCCCCUUCAAAACAGAUAGUGUGGGUCCUCCUCCUCCAGGCUAACGUUAGCUAGCAGCCUUGCUUCUCCGGCCACACCUUCACCAACAAGUCGAGGAGAUGAAGAAGUUAUUCGAAGACUUCAAGAAGGACAUCAAGUUUAAAUCAGCGGGACCCGGGAAGAAGCUAACAGAAGACACCAGCGCCAAGCCUGAGGCGGUGCAGAGCAGCUCCGGGGCCAAGCACAACCGCCAUGCUGCCAGUGAGGGGGCCCAGCGGGCCGGGGCCGCGGCUCUGGCCAGGAUUGAGCAGCAUCCCCGGCCCAAGGUGCACACCUCUCAGGACCACAUCAGGAACCAGGUUAAAAGGGAGCUGGAGGCGGCGGCACUGGCUGAGAAGGAUAAAGCAGCGACAGCAGAGGGAUUUACAGUGCCAGUGAGAGAUCCCACCUGUCUCUCUGUGUCGGGUGUGUAUUUUACCUGUCCACUAACUGGAGCCACUUUAACUAAGAGUGAGAGGGAAGUACACAUUAAGGAGGCCAUUUUUAUGCGGUUUGAGGAGGAUGCAGUUGAGGCCUCUGUUAUGAUGGUCCACUCAUUUAACAAAGACAAAGAGAAAGUGAAGGUCGCUGUGGACAUCAUAAGCAAGUAUGUGGAUAAUAUAUGCAAGUGUCCCACAGAGGAGAAAUACAGGAAGAUUAAACUCAGCAACAAGGUGUUCCAGGAGAAAGUGCGUUCUUUGGAGGGCACCAGAGAGUUCCUGGAGGCCCUGGGCUUCACAAGUGUUAUGCUUCCUGUAGAGGGUCAAGAGGAGGAAGAGGAGUUCCUGGUGUUACCAGAGCAGAGUCCUGAGGCCCUGGAAUUGAUGAAGGAGAGAAGGGAUCGACUCCAGAGAGGCGAGCCAGUCAGAGCUCAGCUGGACAGACAGCCCCAAGCUUUCAGACCCUCUCCCAACGCCCAACGCUUCGAGCUGCCGCCAGAAUUUUACAACCUGUCAGCAGAGGAGCUCAAGAAAGAGCAACAGCAGAGGAGUGAUUUGGUGGAGAAGAACGCCAUGCUACGCACAAAAGCCAUGAGGGAGAGAGAGGAGCAGAGGGAGAGAAGGAAAUACAACUACAGCCUGCUCAGGAUCAGACUGCCUGAUGGAAACCUGCUGCAGGGCACAUUUUAUGCGUGGGACCGUCUGUCUGUGUUGUUUGGGUUUGUUCGGGAGUCCCUGGUGGACGGCUGGCAGCCCUUUCAGCUCAUUGCACCUGGAGGUGUAAAACUACAAGAGGAAGAUGAAGUGGCUCUUGCAGAACGGAACCUGGUCCCUGCAGCUCUACUCACCUUCUCCUGGGAUGCAGCCGUGCAGGCAGAUAUCGCAGCUGCAGGUGGAAAGAACCCCACCCUUCUCAAACCAGGGCUGCUGGAAGCCAUUCAGACCCUGAACUGAGCAGACGUAUUCUGUCCCCAAACUCUUUCCUGCUACGAUCCUCCCUGGCACUGCAGGGGGUGAAGUUGCUCCUUCCACAAUGACUAGUGAUGAGUGUUACUAACUGAAGUCAGUAGCAGCGAUAGACUAGGGGCAGCUUCAUCCUGGUGGUGUGUUCUGCUGAGCGUAACCCUUCUCUCGUCACUGUGGGGUAAAUGUCACCCUGCAGUGUGUCUCAGCAACACACUCUGCUGAAGAAGCACUUCUAAGACAUCUAAGGAGAAAGCAAGGGACGAGUGUGGUUUAGUAAAGCAUCCUGAAUGUACAUGCUGUGUAGUGAACAGACUGGUUGCAGUCGUCUGUGCUCUACCCUUCAGUCAACCUGUCAGGUAUACUUCUCGUGGCAUGUGGAGAGACCUUGUUUCAACUGUCAUCACUUCCUCCUCUGGUUUUUGUUGUUGUUGUCUAAAGUAUUCAGUCCAUCUUGCUUCCAACUGUUGAAUCUGGAAAUUAGUAUGGUUCUCAGAGCACUCACCUCCGCCAAGUCCCAACAGUCCCCUUAAAGCUAACGUUAAGACUAAUGUUUUGUUUGGCAGUGUUGUGGGUUCGCUCAGUGUUUAAUCUGUCAGCUGAUGGUCGACUGGUCUGAUAACAAGUCUGUCUCUGUAAACACACACAAGCUUCUGUUGCUUGUCUUGUGCUCUACUCUGCAGUGGCUUCACACUCCUCAGUGCUGUACUACAGGAUUGUGUGGUUGCUUACACAAACACAAAAGCCCAGAUCAACAAACAUGUUUUCUGUUGAUGGUUUGACUUAAAACUGAGGCACAUAUUUAUUUAACCCCUUAGACUGAGUUAUUAGUAUUAAGUCAAUUCUUAAACCAAAAUAUUUGAUCUGAUCAGAUUUAAGUGCUUUUAUAUUAAGCUGUUUGAAAGACUUGGUAUAGAAUUCCCCAAGUGAUUUAAUAGUUAAACUGCAAAAGCCUCAUGUUCUCUGUCUUAAGUCAUGAAUUAGUUUUAAUAAAAGUUCAUGUCACGGAUCCUGUCGUCCAGAGAGGUGGUUUUAAUUCAUACUGAGUUUUGUAUUUGUUUGUAUCAAACACAUUUAAUUCAGAUUAAAACGGUUUAAACUUAAACACAGUGGUUUUCGUGACAACAUUUCACUGAAUCCACUGCGGAAUAAAGGCAACAAAAUUAUUCCCUGAAUGUUUGUUGUAUGUUUUAAAUCCACCUUUUUGUCAGAGAAGAUUUUGUGUAUGAGUAUAACCGUUAAACCUGUACAAGCUAAUUAGUUUCCCCUGCUUGUGGUUGGUUAAGAUGACAACGACCUACCUCUCACCAUACAUCUCCAGUGAGUCAUAAACCAACAUAGAUUCUGAAAGUGUUGGCCUGUGUUGAACUUUUCUGUCACCACCAUCAACCUGUACCACUGUCACUGAACCAAACACACUGACGUACCUGCUAUGUUGACGUUAAGGAUUUGAUUGUUUUUUUGUUUAGUUCCAGCGUUUGAGGGCAAGUCUGCCUUGAGCAAGAGUUCUGCACUCCACAGGUUUCAAUGGAAGGGUGCAAACGUGUUCUCAGCAGUGUAACUUUAUUCUAACACUUAGUGAGCUGUUGUGAUCUAUCCAGAUGUUGUGUUUUAACCUGCCUGUAUUAAAGAUCGCUUGCACUGCAUCUUAUUUAAAAAG